UCACUGCUUGCAUGAAUGGGAUUUGUGGGUUUGCAUGACUGAGUUGGGUCCACUGCGGAGGGUCGAACGACACACCCCAAGCUAGUUGUCGUAUCUACGAGCCAGUCGUUGCGAGUCUGUUGCAAGCGGGCGUUGUUGUGAGCUAGUCAUUAUUGCUGCGAGCUAAUUGUAUUUGCAAGUCUACUGCAAGUGGGCGCUGCUGCUAUGAGCCAAUCGUAGUUGCGAGUCGGGAUUCCAGUCGGCAAGGCCAAUUAGCGUCAAGAGGUUUGUUUGCUUGUGCAUCUGGAUCUAUUUGUCUUUUCAUUUGUUUGUGAUUUUGUAAUUUUAAGAUAAUAUUGAUAGUUCAUUUUGAGAUGUGUUAAUGGAUUUUCUUGAAAUCUAAAGAAUUUAGUUUUAUUUAGUUUUUCUAUUUUUAUGAUCUGUAAUGGUGGAUGUGAUCUGUAACGGUGGGCUGCUUGUGUUCUUUGUUUUUGAGAAAGGAAGAAGGAUUUUGUUUUAUUUUAUUUUUUUCAAUUCUUCUAAUAUGUAAUAUUUGCUUUUUUAGUUUGCGGCUGAGAAAUGGAAAAUUAAAAUAAAUUGGUUCAAUUCAAUUUUGUUUAGUUUGUAAAAAAGUAAAUUCAGUAUUUGGGUUUUUGAAAUUCAAUUAUCUUUGAUUGCAUAUCUAAAGGGGCAUUUUCGACAUGUAGCGACAGGACAAAUUUUGUCACAAAAAGUUAGCGACGGACAAGAGUCAUAACAAAAAAAAAAGUUGUUUUGAUAUAUAAUUGCCACGGUAUUAGCGGCUUCCUUCACUAGGGGCAACAAUAUAGUUGACUUCUAAUUUGUUUAUUUUCUUAAAGAAAAAUUAUAUAAUCACUUAUCAGUAUUGUGUUGCUCAUUGGGAGAGCUGUUUUCGUUAAUAACGGAGCUUUGGGCUUUAUUUGAAGGCGUAAAACUGGUAAAGCGCCUCAUGAUAUACCUAAUCUGACUAUCUGAGUAGAGUGAUAAUUUGCUUGUAGCUGAGCUAGUGAAUUUGAUCCUUUGGUAGUGCUGUCUCCUUGGUUUCCUUGAUCAAGGGGUUGUUGCAAUGUUUUGCUUGUUUGAAGAUCCUCCAAAUAUGGCGUGUGGAUUAUAGGAGAGCCUGUUGGUUUUUUGAGAGACUGAGGAGAUUGAUACUAGUGAUAAUAAUAUAGCACGAAUUCUCAUCGCCAUUCAUUAAUUAUUAUAAGAAUUGCAUCUAUUUAAUUAAAGGACUCUAGUGCAAAGCAACAUAAUCCGUUACGGACACUAGCAGAAUUGAUUAGUAGUAUAUCUCUGAGCUUCCAAAGUCUAAGCACCUGACCCGACUGCCCGCCAAUGCUGGGCUUCCACUAAAUGCAUUGCGUUGCCAUUGCCGGUAAUUAAGGAGUUUAGGAGACACUGGAGGAAAUGGAUGCUUUGAAUAAGUCAAGAACAGUUAAAAAAAGAAAAAGUUCUGAUCCCCUAAUUUAGGAAAGAUGCAACUAAGGCUCUCUUCUUUUUGUUGCCGAAUCGAAGAACAAAAAACAGAUGAUUUGACAUACGAUUGAAGCACGCACACUGGGGGCUCUCUUUCUCUGUCUCGUCCUCCUGGUCUAGGGAGAGAAAGAAGAGAUCCUAAAGGUGUUUUGUUUUCUGUAUAUACAUUUUUUUUUUCAUAUUAUUUAUAUUUAACAAGAAAUAAAGUAACCAGCAGUACCUAGUUACGCCGGGCCACAUUAAGAAUGUGGAUGGCGAGAACCCAUGCAGAGAAAAGGGAAGGAUCUGGAAAUGGAUUAGUUGCUGUCGCAGUAGACAAGGACAAAAGCAGCCAAAAUGCCUUAAAAUGGGCAAUUGACCAUGUUCUGCAGCGAGGACAGGGGAUUAUUCUAAUCCAUGUUAAAGUCAAGUCCUCGUCUCAGGGUUCCUCACAUCACCUUUCUACCCCGAGGCUAAACCGAAUUUCAGAUGCCAGUGCAGAGUGUAUGCUCGCAUGCAGGGACCAAGAUCCGCAGACCAGGGAGCUGUUCCUUCCAUUCCGCUGCUUUUGUUCACGUAAAGAUAUUCAAUGCAAAGAUGUGGUGCUCGAAGACACAGACAUUGCAAAAGCUAUAAUUGAAUAUGCUUCUCACGCAGCAAUUGAGACUUUAAUUGUUGGUGCCUCCAACAAAACAGGCUUUCUUAGAAGAUUCAAGGUCACAGAUGUGCCAGGUAGCAUUUUAAAGGGAGCACCCGAUUUUUCUACUGUUUACGUCAUAUCCAAAGGGAAGAUUCAAUCCACACGAUCUGCCUCUCGCCCUGCUCCUGCUACCUCUCCUCUUCAUACCCAACUUUUUAAUCAAGGCAGUACAAAACCAGCUCCUGUGGAGCCAGUUCCCCAGAUCCCAUGUAAUAGAAAAGGUUCUGAAAGGCCACCAUUGGAGCCACCUCGAAGAUCCAGUGAUGAGUCUGAGUUCUUCAAGUCCCCCUUCACUAGGAAAGGAUACAAUGCCAAAUCAUAUGGGGAGCUCUCUGUUCCAGAUACUGAUAUUUCUUUUGUCAGCUCUGGCAGACCAAGUGUUGACCGCUUGUUUCCUGCCUUCUACGAUGCCGCAGAAGUAGGUCGCACCACCAAUCGCCUGUCCAAUGUCUCUGACAUGGACAGCAGCUGUAGCUAUGAGUCCAUGCAGUAUGGAAGGAAAUCAAUAGACUUUGGCCCUCCAUCAGAGUUGUCAAUAAUGUCUUACGAGAGUGAUAGGCUCUCCACAGCAUCACAGCCGAUUGAUGACGUGGAAGAUGAAAUGAGAAGGCUAAAGCUUGAGCUCAAGCAAACCAUGGAAAUGUAUAGUACAGCCUGUAAGGAAGCACUCACAGCAAAACAAAAGGCAAGAGAGUUGCAGCUAUGGAAAAUGGAAGAAGAGCGGAGAUUAGAAGAGGCACGACUAGCUGAGGAGGCUGCAUUGGCAAUUGUAGAACAGGAGAAAGCUAAAUCCAGAGCAGCCAUUGAAGCUGCUGAGGCAGCUCAGAGGAUAGCAGAAAUUGAAGCACAAAAAAGAGUUAAUGCAGAAAAAAAAGCACAUAGAGAAUCAGCAGAGAAAAGCAAGGCACUUGAUGCUCUCGCACAUUCAGAUGUCAGAUACAGAAAGUAUACCAUAGACGAGAUUGAAGCUGCAACAGAAUUCUUUUCAGGAACUCGCAAGAUUGGGGAGGGAGGUUAUGGACCUGUAUACAAGUGUUAUCUAGACCAUACACCUGUGGCAAUUAAGGUUUUACGUCCAGAUGCAGCUCAAGGAAGGUCGCAAUUUCAACAAGAGGUUGAGGUGCUUAGUUGCAUUAGACACCCUAAUAUGGUUCUUCUCCUGGGAGCCUGUCCAGAAUAUGGAUGCUUAGUGUAUGAGUACAUGGCCAACGGUAGCUUAGAGGAUCGGCUCUUUCGACGAGGAAAUACUCCAGCGCUUUCCUGGCAGAUGAGGUUCCGAAUAGCAGCUGAAAUAGGAACUGGAUUAUUGUUCCUGCAUCAAGCAAAACCAGAACCACUAGUGCAUCGCGAUCUGAAACCUGCCAACAUCUUGCUUGACCGGAACUUUGUGAGCAAGAUUAGUGAUGUUGGGUUGGCGAGGCUAGUGCCACCAAAGGUGGCUGACAACGUAACCCAAUAUCGCAUGACUUCCACCGCGGGGACUUUCUGCUAUAUCGAUCCUGAAUAUCAGCAAACAGGCAUGCUGUGUAUAAAGUCAGAUAUAUACUCUCUAGGGAUCAUGUUUCUACAGAUAUUAACUGCGAAACCCCCGAUGGGAUUGUCUCAUCAUGUAGAACGUUCGCUUGGAAAAGAUACUUUUGCUCAGAUGGUAGAUCCUGCAGUCCCCGAUUGGCCAAUUGAAGAGGCCAAGUGCUUUGCAAGACUAGCACUCAAGUGCGCAGAGCUAAGACGGAAAGAUAGACCAGACCUUGCCAAGGUUAUAUUGCCAGAACUCAAUAGGUUGAGAGAACUUGCAGAGGAAAACAUGCAUCUAGAAUUGCCCACUCACAGUCCUGGCCAUUCCACCAACACUAGCCAAGUUUCUGUACAGCUAAGCGAUGCAGUUUUAUCUGAUGUAAGCUCAAGAAAUCUUUCAAAUAUUGUUGAAUCACAGAUAUGAAUGGCCAGCUAAAAGGGGAAGGGGGGGGAGAAAAUGAUGUCAUGCAUGAAUAAGCUCUAUGUGCAAUGUACAGAGAAUCAAGAAGAGGUCCCAAGGGUUACUGAUCAGCAUGGACACCAUGUUUAAAUUUUGUAUUCUCUUAAUUGUGAUUUUCUGUUAUAAAUUAGCCAAGGUUUUGAAUUGCCAAAAUUCUUUUUUCUUGUCUUCACCAAUAUUAGAAAAUAGGUAGGCUCCAAUCAAUAAUAAUCUAUUACUUUUAAUA